UCUGUUUUGAAUGUGUCUGUUAUAGAACUGGUGGAAGAAACCGUCUUCUUUUGCUCAUUUUUAUAGUGUUUAGGGUUAUUUCCACCAUGAGUAGAAGAAGGGGAAGGAGCUGCAGCUCAGAUGAAGGACUUGACAGCUUUCGCAUCCCGGCAUUUGAGAGAGGAGACAUUGGGCUAUUAGAUGACGAAGAUGGCUGCGAUGUACUUCUAGGUUCUCGUUUAGAGGAGGAAUUAAACUGCAGUAUUGAAAAGAUGAGGGAAGAAGAGGCCAUCCCCAUUGCUAGAUUGAUUCGUCUGGAAGGAUCAUUAGGUAGCAGCAGUCAAGGAAGUAGUAACAACAGUCCACAUCCAGUUGUGAUGGAAUCAGCAGCUGCACAUCUCAGUGGCACACUAGAAUUGCUAGAGGACGUGGAAAUGCCUUCACUGAGUUUGUGUGAAAGUGCAGAGUUAGUGUCUCUGGUGUCUAUAUCACCAAACAGCCCCGUAAAGUUGGGUUUUAGCUUUAAGGAUGAAGGCCCUGCAAAUGGCACUUUUGUGGCUAAAGAGCAGAGGGGGAAUGUGUAUUCUGUAUCAUCUUCAAAUUACAGAAAGCCACCUCCUACAGAAGAAUUUGAUAUCGCAGACAAAAUUGCCAUGUUGAGUGCAAUGCCUUCCAUAUCUCCCUCAGUCAACACACUCAUAACACUGGAUGAGAAAGAGACCUUGCAAAAGGAUGCACGAAGAAUGACCCUAGACCAAACUAAGUCGUUCUCGGGGGCAUUCUUAGCUGAGGCAUGUGGCAUUGUUGAAGAGCUGGACGGAUUAGCAGCCAACAUGACCUCAUCACCCCUUGCCUCUCCUGAGCGACAGGUAUCCCCAGAUAGGAGAAUGACAUUAGGACCAGAUAUGGAUCUCUUAGAUGUGGAAAACAUGAAUGACAGUCUCCUCUCAUCUUUAGCAAUUGCUAAUUCACCUGUGAAGAUACCAGUAUUAUCUGUUGAGCCUUCUCCAUUGCCAGAUCAUGAAGAGAAGGAUAAGGCUCUACCAGUCUCAGUGAAAGCAGUUGAUUGUACAUACGAUCGACUUGCCCGACUGCUGAAUGAGACUCAGGAUAUUGUUAGUGGACCUGCUGCCACUGCCUUAGGAAAAGUUGGUGAUGUAAAACCUAGGGCAGUCGACUCUACUUUCGUGCAGAGUAACAACCAGAAACUCUUGAACUCUACUUUCGAUAGAGAACAACUUCCUGCUGAGCAGAAUCUGGCCAAGAAUCCAAAUGCAAAUGCAACCUUUGAUCAGAAGCAUUUGAUUGACGCAACCAACAAAACGUUUGACAGGUUGGAGCACCAAAUGGCGGCAAAUACAACAUUUGAAAUGCUUGAAAACAACCUCAUAAACACAACCUUUGACAGGAAGGAAAACCAGGAAGCAAAUACCACCUUUGACUUCCAGGCAGGUACUGAGGCUAAAAAUGAAAAUCUGAACAUAACGUUCGAAAAGGGAGAAUACAAGAUUCCCUCCAUGAAUGAAACUGUCAACUUGAUGGAUGCAGAAGGAGAUGUGUUGAAGCUGAUUCUGGACUCCACUCCCCAAAAAUCAAGCAAAGGCACACCUGAGGCCGCUUCCACACCAAAAGGAGCAGCCAAGCCACAGCAAAUAGCUUCCAAAGGAACGAUUACGAAAGAUCCUACACAGUCAUUCCUUCACCGCAUGUCAUUGAAUUUAAGGAACGAGCAAGCCAAGGCUGCUGCCCCAGAAAAUAGCCAGCAACCAGCAGCAGAGCCACAUUCUCACGCUCAAGGACUGAACAAUAGAAAUGCUGUCCCAGGAUUCAAAAUGGGACACUUGGACCAGCAGGCAGUGAGCCACCAGCUGAGACGCCUUCACAAUGCCCCUACAGCUAUGCGUAGUAUUUCAGGUCCAAUGAGGGCCUUGCCAAUGCACACAUUUCCAUUACAGCAAAGUUGUGGGAAACAAGUGGAAAGUGCAAGCACUCCAGAUGAUGAAGGCAUUACAGCCCUUGACUAUAACACUCCUGCUGUAAAAGAGGCAAAACCCACUUUCGGAUCCCUAAGUAGCAUUGAAAAUGAAAGACCAUGCACACCAGAUAUAGGGAUAGCAAUGGAUCAUCGAACAUCAACCCCAGAUGUUUUCAGGCCUGGUGAUCCUGGCAGUGGGCCUCGAAUUACUAGUACUCCAGCAAUGAGAGGUGGAGUUUUCUGUAGAAUGAUGGGCAUGGAUGGGCCUGCUCCAACACCCAUCAUUGCUCCAAUUUCACGGCUUCAGAGAGUUGUUAGCGUUUCCAGCACGGGGUCAUUGCCAGAAGUUAGUCAAGAUCCGAAGUGGCCUGGACUAUCACAUGAAUCCACCAAAGACAGUAAGGGCGGCAUUGGCACUCCAGCAAAUCAUCACUCAGGAAGAUCCAGACAAGCUCUUCCACUCAGUCAUCAAUAUGGAGAUAACCUUAUGGUUGAUGCUAUUGAAGGUGAUAUACAAGAUAAAAACUCUGAGCCUCAGUUACAGAAUGACGAUUUAAUUGAUGCAGGAAAAGAGAUGGAGGAGAAAGAGACUGUGGACAGUACAAGACACAACCAAGAUGGUAAUAUGCAAGGUGCCAUAAAUAAACAGUUACCUACAGCACAAGAAAAUUCCCAGCAAGCAUGUGAUGGCUUACCUGAUGAAACAGGAAGAAAGGAAAUAAGCAAAGACCUGAAGAAAGAUUGUCAAGAAAUACUAAACAGAACAUUAGAUAUACACCCUUCAACAGAAGUAAAUGAUGAUGUAAAUGAUGAUGGAAGUCACGCUACAAACAAUGAGAAUAUGAUUAAUGUAGAAGAGCCUGAAGAUGUUCUUACUGAAAAAAUACCAUCUGCAAACGUGCAUCAGUCUGAGAUCAGGAAUAACACAACACAGCCUCUAAUUAACAUUGCUGACCAUGAAGCAAAAACUGAUUGUGAAAAACAGACAGAUACUGCUGUCAUUACACAAAGCCAGUCUAAUAGUAAUAUUGAAGUAAAGGAAAAUUAUGAAGCUUCCAAUGCCUGUGAUCGUGAUUUACUUGUUAGUAUCAGUGAAAAGAACCCAAAGCAUAGCAUUGUGCCACAAGUCAUCCAAAAUGAAGUUUGCCUGAAUAAUACUUUUGAAGCUGAACAGUCAGAGUCUAAAAUAAAAACUGAAGACAUUCAUAUUCAGCAAGAAAACAUUCCAGAAGAUAAAAAGAACCUCUCAGAAGGGCCAGGGAAGGAAAUUUAUGCAGAGAAAAACCUUAACAAUAGCCAGGCAAAAGAAAACCCUAGACCCAAACGAAAUAACAGUGCUGAAAGUAAUGAGUCUUGUAACACUGAAGGAGAGUCACAUACUAGUAGCGAGAUGAACACAGAAUCCAGCAGACAGAUUAAAUUGAAAAGAUCAUUUACACAUACAAGAAAGGUACUAACACCUGUGUCAUCUACAAAACCCAAUGUUAAAGCUACAAAGAAAUUAGAUAAUAGUAGAAGUAGUACUUGUAGUAAUACAAGCUUCUCAAAGGCAGACCCAAAAACAUCACUAAAAAAAGGUGGUGGUCAGUCAUCCGGACCUACUGCAACAGAUAGCAAAAACCCACAAGCCAGGAUAAAACCUGCUUUAGGAAUACACAGAAGUUUACCUCAUUCCAGUCCAUCUCAGAAAUCAAAUAACAGCAUUACAAGGUCAAAUAAAGAGAAUGCCCCUGGCAAACAAGUUCAUGGAAAUACCAAACAGCCUGAAUCCCAGAUCAAGAGUAAGUUAUCUUUGACAAAAGGAAUAAAUCCACCAAAACGAACAGUCCUUGGCUCCUCAAACAUUCAGAUCAGGAAAAGCAUUGUUGUUCCGCCUGAGAAACUGAAAAAUGGACUAGCUUUUACUAAAAAUGCACCUCUCAGAGCUGACACUGGAGCUUUAAAAAAUAAAGAUCCUGGAGAACCAUUAAAAGCAAGGACUAAAUCAAUCCAGUCUAAUAGCACAGAUGGACAAUAUUUAGAUAGCAAAACCGUUAACCAAGGAAGAUUAAGACCACCAAAUAAAAGAAUGAAGCCAUCUUCUCCCCUCAAAAGUCCACCAAAAGCUGAACUCAGACAACCCCAAAAGCUCCCACAGUCUACCCAAAAGAUAACUGUGGGAUCCCAUUCUUCCAGAUUUACAAGUAAACUGGCAAGGCCACAAAUGGCUUCAGGUCUUCAACCCCCUUCCGCCCAAAUCAAGAUUACAUCAUCUGGGACCAGUGCAAUUUCCAAGCUGCCUGGAUUACGACCUCCAUCAAAUAUUAAGCCUGUGGCAGUGAAAAGGGUUUCUGGAAUAAUGCCUCCCACUACGAACAAGCCAAAUGUGCUUCGACCUCCAAAGCCAGUAGCUCAAUAAUUAAUCUUACCACACACUGAUCAGAUGCCAGUAUUUAUGGAAAAAGUACCAGGUAAUUAUUUGGAUAGUUACAGUAAGGCUAUAUUCAGUUAUUAAAAUUGUAGGUAUAUGUAAAUUUGAAUGUAUCAGUGGGUGCAAGAUGAUAAUAUACCUAUUUUUGCAUUUUAGAAUAUAUAUGAGAUAUGUUGAUAAGCAAUUUUAGUAGUGAUACACGAUUGAUUUCUUAGACAACUAACAUACGUGAAAUGUUUUAUUGAUUAUUUAUUAUAUUAUGUCCAUUCACAUGAUGGAACCAUGGAAUUUUAUUUCAUCUGUCAUUUUAGUGCUUUAAAUAUAUAAUCUUCAAGAUAGAGAUUACUAUUUUCCUUGUUUUUCUAGGUGUAAAAAUGCGAUAUUUUGAAAGGAUACAUAAUAACAGUGUACAUAAUAUUUUGAAUAAAGUUAUAUGUUCAUAUAUUACUUACAACCCAUGUGUGUGUUUAUGAGUCUGUCACCCCCAAUCCCCUGCUCAUUCUUGCGGGGAAAUUAUGAGACCGUGACUAACGCCCAAGGUAGGAGAUCACCCCUACCUUGGACCUCAUCUUAACUAAUUUUGCAUGGUCUUUUGUUCUUCCCCUUCUUCUGUCCACUUCCCAAAGUGUGAUAGCCUUAUCUUCACCUUGCCUAUCUAAAUUUGAUUUCAUUGGUUUCUCAAUCCCUGCCUCCUCUUUGAACAUGGAUUCCACCACUGAUAUUAAUAUUCCCCACCUCAUUGUUUAGUGACAACUCUGUCGAUUCUGAACCACCAACCCAGGUCAUUACUUAACCUGCAGAUGGCAGCCCUUCCUCUCUCCAUCUCCUAAUGUACAGUCUUCAUUGUCUAUCCCCUCCCUCCGUAUCACUAGUCUUUAUCCUUAUAAUUGUCUUCCCUACAGUACUACCUCACUGCACACUACCCCAUCUUCCUCCCACCCUCAUCCUUCUACUGGUUCCACCUCUACAAACCUUCAGAGUACAUUUUUUGGCCCUGCCAAGUGGGUUAAUUCUUUAUGAUUCCACUUACAUCCCCUUACUCUGACAGUAUUAGUCUUUUCCAACAAUGUCUUCAAAAACAAGUAGGCAAAAUUUCCUUUUGCUGUCAUCCCAAUUGUUUACACCUUGUCACACCUACAUCCCAGUCCCCAGCUCUUACAUUAUUUACCCUGACUGACCUCACCGGCAUGCCAAACCUCACUCCUCUUUUACUGGAACUCCCCAACUGCUUGCCCUAGCUACAAGAACUGGUCCAACUGAAAACGACCUGCAUGCCUGCCUUGUUGACCAUGAUGCGGUAUCAGAACAGUGCUACACUAUUCUUUGCAGAGGCUAGCAUAAGUCAUUUCAUCAAUAUUGCCAAGGUUAGCUUCUGCAGACAUGACUUCCCCCAUAAAGUUUACAUUGCAGGAGUGUCCUCCCAAACCUUACUGACCCCUUCCUCAUCAGGUCAAAUGUUGGCAGUUUAGCCAUCCAGCCAAACACUUGAUCCACAGCUCUCUGCUCUCUCUGUGCCUGGUCAUGACCGUGCAGAUUGUUUUGCUAAGUCAUGUACAUAUGCCAAUUGUAGUGGCUCCCAUAAUGAACUUUACAGUAGUUUCCCUGCCAACAAGCUUGAAUGUGAGGUAGCAGUUCUCAGAUUCAAAUAAGGCCUUACUCUACAUGUGGCCAGCCAAGAAUCAUGGCAACAAGGUUUUUCUCUCUUUACAUGUUUCAAAACUCCUUCCUAUCUUUUCAAGAUGUCUCAGUAUCUCUUCCCUCUUCACAUGAAUCCCUUCAGUUGCAAGUGUCAUCCUCCGGACCCCUUCCCUCCUGACAAUAUUCCUAAUACUUUAUUUCCCAGUUCCCUUACCUCCCUAGAUUAUUCUCCUACUUCAAUAGACAUUUCUACCCAAAUUACCAGGUGAUUGUUUCAUAAUGUUCCUCUUCCUUCCCCAGCCAUAGACACAUUCCAUUUCAUCCAAUCACCCUACACCCUUAACCCUUUCCUUAUUUUACUAAUCUCUGCUUUACUUCAUUUGUUCCAUCUUUACCCUUUUAGCCAUAGUACUUUCCCAUUGUUCUGUAUUACCUUUCAUGUCUAGCAUAUUUAUUUGUUUAGACUAUUAACCAUUAUGUAUGUAUGUGUGUGUCUGUGUCUGUGUCUGUUC